GCCAAUCAGCGAACCCUCUGAGCAAAGAGACAGUGCCCACGUGACGUUUUGACAUUACUUCCUGGUAUUGUUACUUCCGUGUUGCUGCGCUAACUGACUUACACACCGAUAGAUGAGGGAAGGUGUAAUCUAUUCCAAUCACUCGAACGGCGUGGGUGCCAAACAUUUCCCUUGGUGUUUCAGGUGAAACACCAUAAAACACACAUACAUUGACUCAACGACGUCAUUGACAAACAUCUUCCUCCAGGAUGGAGCAAGAGGAACUACCACCCUCCCACUUUAAAGAGGAAGAGGGGGAGCCACAGCCCCCUCACAUUAAAGAGGAAGAGGAGGAACAGCAGCCCCCCCACAUUAAAGAGGAAGAGAAGGAGCCACAUCCCCCUCACAUUAAAGCGGAAGAGGGGGAGCCACAGCCCCCUCACAUUAAAGAGGAAGAGGAGGAGCAGCAGCCCCCCCACAUUAAAGAGGAACAAGAGGAACACAUUGUCAGUCCAGAGGGAGAGCAUCAUGAAAGGUUGCAGGAGUUCUCAGAGAUUGAUAUCAUUGUUAAAAAUGAAGAUGAUGAGGUCAAAGGUGAAAGUGAGGAGAAGAGAAAGGUGAAGCCUGCAAGCAACAGCUGUAUUCAACGCAUAACAGAAGCUGGAGACCACUGUGGAGGAUCACAAGCAGGCAACCUCUUAGCUCCACUAUCAGACGGUGAUGAAACAUCAUCACUCUCCUCUGACACUGAUGAUGAAGACUUUAUACCUGGUAUGACAUGUCAUUCUGACAACACACACUUUAAAUGCUCUCAAUGUGAAAAACCUUUCCAGUACCGAUAUCAUCUGAAAAGACACAUGAGAAUACACACUGGAGAGAAACCCUUUGUAUGCUCAGUUUGCGGUAAAAGUUUCACUUCCAAAGGAAAUUUGACAACACACUCAAGAGUGCAUACUGGAGAGAAACUGUUUACCUGUUUAGUGUGUAGUAAAGGUUUUGCACUUAAAGCUCAUUUGGAAAGACACAUGAGAAUACACACAGGUGAAAAACCAUUCAUUUGCUCGGUUUGUGGCAAAUGUUUUACCCAGAAAGGAACUUUGACAAAACACAUAAACAUACACACUAAUGAGAAAUCUUUCAUGUGCACACUGUCAGGGAAAAUAUUCUCUCCCAAAAAACAUUUGACAACACACAAAAAAGUGCACGCUGAAGCAAAACGGUUUACCUGCUCAGUGUGUGGCCUGAGUAUUGCCCGUAAAGCUAAUUUGAGAAGACACAUGAGAAUACACACAGGAGAGAAACCUUACAUAUGCGCUGUUUGUGCCAAAAGUUUCACUCAGAAAGGAACAUUGACAAAACACAUGAGAAUGCACACUGGUGAGAAACCUUUUUCAUGUUCAAUUUGCAACAAAAGCUUUUGUGAACAAAGAUUCCUCGUGACACACAUGAGAAUACAUUCCGGUGAGAAUCCUUUUUCAUGUCCAAACUGCAACAAAAGCUUUAGGGAACGAAGAAUACUCGAAAGACACAUGAUAAAACACACUGGUGAGAAACCUUUUUCAUGCUCAAGCUGCAAAAAAAGCUUCAGUGAACGAAGAAGCCUUGUGAAUCACAUGAGAACGCACACUGGUGAAAAACCUUACACAUGUUCAAGCUGCAACAAAAGUUUUAGUGAUGGAAGAAUCCUUUUAAGACAUAUGACAAAACACACAGGUGAGACACCAUUUUCAUGUUCAAGUUGCAACAAAAGCUUCCGUGAAAGAAGAAGUCUAGUGAGACACACGAGAAUACACUCUGGUGACAAACCUUAUUCAUGUUUAAGAUGUAAUAAAAGAUUUACUGAACAAACACACCUUGUACGACACAUGAGAACACACACUGGUGAGAAAGUGUUUGGUUGCAGUGUGUGUAAUGGUAGAUUCUCUUAUAAGUACCAGGUUAAAGGUCACAUGUGUGCUGGUGAGAACAGCAGCAGGCAAUGAAGCUUCCAUAAAAUAAACAAUGAAGACUUGGUGGUAAUGUUACUGUCAGUAGUAGUUAGGGAUGGGCGAUAUAGACAUUUUUUUAAAUAAAUGAAUUCCUACUUUUGGCACUGAUUUAAAUCCGUUAGUUUUUGCCCUUAGUUCUCCUUUGUCCAAUGACUUAUGUCCUGCAGUUGUAAACAAUAACAAUAUUUAAUUUAUAAUAAUAAACAUUGAUUUAAUCACUGUCGUAUUGACCAUAAAUUAUAUUGGUAUCUUUGCUGUCGGUAUUUGUAUCAAUCUUCCUACCUUUGUGUACUUUCAAGAGAUCUAGCCUGCAGUUAGCUGUUAGCUUAUUCUCCUACGGCGUGUAGUGUGGCAUGUUAAACUGUUUACCAGGGGUGAUUCUUGUAAGAAACAUAAUUUGCCACCAUGGAGGCAAGGAGUGCUGACUUGAAAGUGGAUUUGCAUUGUAUAGACACGUUAGCUGCCAGCAAGAAUGCUACAUGGUGUUGACGUGCUCCUUUGCUUGUCGCUGUCAAAUUUGUGGCACACAACCAGAAUUUGUCAUCCACAUGUACUAAUACAAUGUAACGAUAGUACUAAAACUCUGUUGUCAACCAAAUUGAUAUAUUUUGUAUAUUGUAGGUCGUCUAUAUCGUGCAACCCUAGUAGUAGUUAGUAGUCACCAGUGUGGUUACUGUUUACUUUGACUUUCAUACAGUGUGAUAUUGUUGUGUGUUUCACACAAUCUUGUUAGUUUUGUCAUUUGUCAUUAAAUAACUAUUGUCUGUUCAUUUGUAUUGACUUGAAAACUAUUUCAGCACGAAGGUUGUAGCUAAAGAGUGUAAUGACACCUCCACACCUGAGGGAGGCAGUAAUACUGUAGAAUUGAGUUUUAAUUCAAAUAGAUCCAGUUAGAGGUUCAAAUGUGAGAAAUGCAAACAAGUGGAAUACUGUGAGAGUCGAGUUGUAUGCUGAGUGUAACAAUGUGAUGUAGCUCAGAUGUUGGUGAUGAGUGGACACAGGAUAUGAAUGCGGACAUGUGGAAAGGCAAGAAAACAAGUAGUGGAAAAGAAAAACUGAAAAGAUCAGUCUCGCAGGUCAAUUCGCUAGAGAUACUGGAUUGACUUACCAUGUCCUCCUUUUUUUCUCUUUAUUCUUCCAAAUGUACAAUAAGCAAUUCUUCAACGAUUCAACAUAACCAAGAAGGAGUAUGAAGAAACAUCCAUUCAUCCAUUUUCUACCGCUUAUUCCCUUCGGGGUUGCGGGGGGCGCUGGAGCCUAUCUCAAAGUUUAUUUAAUCCCAACACUGUCACAUAUUAGGUGUCUGAUAGUCAUAUCGGGUACUGUUUUUAUACGUUAAAUACACCAUACUGUAUGCUUAUAAUCUUUCUUCGACUCAUCCAUAUUUGUACAAUGUUUAAUUAAUUUACUUCUGUCAUGCCAUAGUUUAAUUGCACGCAAAAAUACACGUUGUUUGUACAUACAAAAAUGACAAACUGUUUAUUCCUAAGCUAUUCUCUUGUUGAAAAUAAUUUUCUGUUAACCUGUUGGUUUUGUACAUGACUUUUACAGUUUGAAUGUAUACAGUAACUGUGAAUUUCAGUAUUUUUUCAAAUUAAAUGAUUUGUGUGUUCUGUAUAUUUAUCCUUAAGGAUUAUAUUAAUUUAUCUUGUCUGCUGUACUCUUACAAAAUUAAGUGUACUUCUACAAUUGUUUCCACAUAUUUCUACACAAUAACUCAGCAUGGUAACACAGUACAAAGUAGCAGGAAAGUCAUCGUGACAUCUACAAUAACUGUAAGUUACUGUCUAUGACCUGCCACUGAGCUGCCAGCCAGCACGGCCUGCCUGCCUGGGGCCGGUGGUCCCUUGUUCCCUGGGUACCGCACCUGCUGUUUUGGGUUGGGCUCACUGGGUGGUU